CCUCUCUCUCUCUCUCUCACACACACACACACACACACACACAGACAGUGUGUGCAUCCUCUUCUGCAGGAGCUGCUUUAUUCCUGAAGUCAGGCGCAGAGGACAGACUUUGAAUCCGCAAACCAGCCUUCAGAUGAUGAGGAAGAGGCAUCGAUCAUGAGGAGGGAAAUGCAGAAAUGAGGGAUCACAGCGAUCACACAGCCGAUGCCGAGCAGCAGCAGAACAGGCUCCAUAUUCAAGGCGGAAAUCUUCCUUGGCGAUCGCUGUAAAGCUCGGAGACGUGCGCUUCAUCUGUAUUCAGCAUCGUCCUCAUCUUCAUCAUCCUCUUCUUCAUGGUCUGCAGCUUCAGCAGGUGUGCAGGUCACAGAAACACUGGAGAAUCCCUGCAGGACGGCCGAGGCCUGAUCACAGAUCAGCGGACACCAGCUGCGCAUUCAGAGGAGGAGGAGAAGAAGAAGAGGAGUCUCCAGCGGGACUCAAACAUUAAUCACUGCAGGAGUUACUGAGCCUCGGGUUAUUGAUAGGAGAGGGUUCGGGUUAUUGAUAGGAGAGGGUUCGGGUUAUUGAUAGGAGAGGGUUCAGGUUAUUGAUAGGAGAGGGUUCGGGUUAUUGAUAGGAGAGGGUUCGAGGUAUUGAUAAGGUCAGGGUUAUUGAGUGAUUGAUCGAACAUUGAACAGUGAUGAGGCUCGGCUCUGGCCUGCUGUCCUCACACUAGCGCUGGGUUUCUGGACCAUCUUCUCGAGGUUCUGUCUUUAAAGAUGUGAACUGCUUUUCAACAGUAAAGCCCAAAAGAACAAACAGACAUGUUGGAUCUUUAAGGUCAGCGGGCGUGAGCUCUUAUACUUGCUUGUUGAUUGCAUUUCUGCUCUGUGACCCCGGUGUUGUAAAAGUGGGGAUCAUCUGGCCCCUGGGGGUCCGGGCUGCGGCCCCGGCUCCAGCCCCAAACCCUAAGAUGCGGCGCUCGAGUACGGACGAAACCCCGUACCGCCGCAGCCCGUCUCUGGACAGUAAGUCGGGGUCGCCGCCUCUGCGCUACAGCGGCGAGUACGAGUACCACAGCUCGCCCUUCGUCUUCGGCCUGCGCACCACACCCGGCCCCAAGACUAAAGCCAACUACACCAGCGCGCAGGGCAGGAAAUAUGUGGUGUUUUACCUGGAUCUGUCCUUCAUCUUCCUUCUAGAGCUGCGGCGUUGCAGGAUGGCGGAGGGCUGUCUGCGGGCGCUGCGAUACGGAAUGGUCUUCUUCAAUCUGCUCUUCUGGCUGUGCGGCUGUGGGAUUCUGGGAGUUGGAGUGUGGCUCUCCAUCACGCAGGGAAACUUCGCCACACUCUCGUCCUCGCUGCCGUCGCUCUCCGCCGCUAACCUGCUGAUCGCCGCGGGCACCGUCGUCAUGGUGAUCGGCUGUCUGGGCUGCGUGGGUGCGGUCAAGGAGAAUCGGCCACUGCUGCUCAGUUUCUUCAUCCUCCUGCUCCUGAUCUUCCUGCUGGAGAUCCUCUUCAUCAUCCUGUUCUUCUCCUAUCAGGAUCAGAUUGAUCUGUAUGCUCAGAAUGACCUGAAGAAAGGCCUGCAGCUCUUCGGGACUGAAGGAAACAUCGGCCUGACCAACGCCUGGAGCAUCGUGCAGACAGACUUUCGCUGCUGUGGAGUGACCAAUCACACAGACUGGUUUCAGGUGUAUAACACCUCUCGUGUGCCGGACUCCUGCUGUCUGGAAUACAGCGACAACUGUGGCCUGGAGAACCCCGGCACCUGGUGGACAGCUCCAUGUUAUGAGAGAGUUAAAGGUUGGCUGCAGGAGAAUCUGGUGGCUCUGUGGAUUUUCGCUCUGUGUACGGCACUUACACAGAUCCUGGGUCUGGUGUUCUCCAUGACCAUCUUCUGUCACACAGUGAAGGCAGCAGACACCUACUAUGCGUAGACUCUCGGCAGAGCAGAACAGACCAAACCCAGCUCAGUUGUUCUCUGAUCACACACAUGGAUUUCGGGAUUUCCUUCAGUGUAAAUAUGUUGUCUGUCGGGGAAACUGUCUAGGCCGAUGCUACACACACAAACACACACACACACACACACACACACACACACACACACACACACACACACACAACUGCCAUUACUGAUCAUCUAGACUGAACUGAAGAGAUGGACGGAGGAAGAACAGCAGAGCAAAGCACAAUAAAGCAGAGCUGUGUUUAUUAACUGCACACACACACACACACGCACGCACACACACACACACACACGCUUCUGUUGAACAUUAAUACUGUAUAUUUCGUUAUGAACCCCUAAAGCACUUCUGUUAGUCCAGCAUCAGUGUAUUCCUGUGUUUAACUGGGAAUAAAUUUACAGAAAACACACACACACACACACUCCUGCUGUUUCCACAACACUGUGUACUUUCCUCAGCCCGGUGUGAACAGAGCCGUGUUCUGUUGUGUUAUGAGCGCUUCUGUAAGACAUCAAUAACCCGGUCUCCUGUGUGUCAUCAAUACUGUAAGAUCAGAUCAGCACACGUCAGCGGUUGAGCAGUAAUGCUGGAUAAUCAAUAAUGAGCUUUCAUCAUCAGCGGAGCCUGAAAGAGUUCAGCAGAUCAGACUCUGCCCUGUCCCGUCUCUGAAGCUCAGCUGAUGUGCUGGAGUGGGUCCACUUUACAGCAGAACUGAGCCAGAGGAGCAGAAUCAGGCCUGUUCACAGUCUGCUUCAGAAAUAAACCCGAACCGACCAGUCAGACGUCUGCAUCUGUGUCCAGAACACACACACAGUGUGUUGAGCGCAGAGUUAUCUGCACAUGGACUGAUCACAGCGAACACUGCAUGAUCCUCUGCUGCCCCCUGGUGGAGCACUGCAGUCUGAGCUGCUCCUGCAUGGAGGAACAGGGGAAGGUGACGUCAUAGUUUUAGUGGAUGAUAUUCAGCGCACUAGUGAGGGAACGACAGCAAGGGCAGAAGUCUGAGCUCCAGUUUCUGAGAAUCUCUUCCAGCUCAAUGAAAAAAAAAA